AUGACUAGCCUGCAUACUAGUCUCGCACAGUCCGGACAUCAGCCCGCACCUGCAGCACUCGAACCUUCAGUAGCUGAGCCUAAUCCGGAGUCGGAAGAGUCGCAGGCAAGGUAUGAUCCGAUGGAUGUGGAUCUAGGUGCAGUGCCAGAGGAGAAACCUAAAGAGGAAGAGCCCGAAGAAGAGCCCGAAGAGGAACCAGAUGAUGAGCUAGAGGAAGAGCCAGAAGAGGAGUCUGAAGGGGAGGAACGAAUUGAGGUUCCGAUAGAGUCGGGGGAUGAAGACAACCCGAUUGAGAUCGAGGUGGAUACGGAGUCUUCCGAGGAGCAGGUUGAUCAGGGGGUUUCAGAUUUGGAUUCCGGGGAGACUGAAUCGGAGUGGACGCCAUCUAGAGGGCGUAGGGGCUAG